GUGGGGCGUGGCCAAUUAUUCACUCCAAACUCGCACUUUUGAAAAGCACCCAGCGCUUAAAUUGUGAAUUUUCCUCAACUUUUUUUCUAGGUUAAUAAACAUCAACAUGAACCCCGAGAGAAAAGACUCCUGCAACUUUUAAUUCCAGCACAGGAAGCGUCGUUUGCUUAGACGCUACAAUGAGAUGGUCUGAAUGUAGGUUAUCAUCAUCAUCAGACGCACUGGAGCCCCCUCGAGCGCUCCCGAAAUUAAUGUCAGAAUGACGAAUAUGAUGAAGGGCUGCGCUGAAUAUUUCAUGUAUGACCCAUAUGAGGGGAAGGAGAGAGAGGUAGAGAUGCUGGAGACCGAGCUGUGCUGAUGCUGCCGACAGACUCACUGAGGAAGGGUCUUUUUUUUCCUUCCACGCGCGGAUUAUUACUGCUCUGCACCGCUUGAAGAUCCAGGGAAGCACCCGAGGAGAAUCGGAAGAAACCGAAGCCCAGACCCCGAAAAGUGCUGAUUCCGAAACACCACCCAAUCGGUCAGGGCGAUGAUGGUGCCCUCGGCCCAUGAGUUUCAUUGGCAGAGCCUGGCGAGUCUUUCCAGUGCACGCGUCUAUCACUCGUUGGCUGAUGUGGGUGGGCAGCUGUAUUUGGUUGGUGGUUGCGAUGCUUCGGGGCAGCCCACCAGCGCUCUGGAGCUGUACUCGCCCGAGGUGGACCGCUGGCUCAGUCUUCCUCCAAUGCCCACGCCGAGAGCCGGGGCUGCGGUGGCAGUUUUGGGGAAGCAGCUGCUGGUGGUCGGUGGGAUGGGGAAGGAACAGCGCCCUCUGAAGGCCGUGGAGGUUUACAACACAGAUGAAGGGAAAUGGAGGAAGAGGUGCUCGCUCAGAGAGGCGUCUAUGGGGGUUUCUGUCACCGUUAAAGACGGCAGAGCUCUGGCUGUUGGGGGAAUGGGACCAGACCUCCUGCCCAGGAGUGUGCUUCAGCAGUACGACCUUCGCAAGGACGUCUGGGCGCUCCUUCCAGCAAUGCCCACCCCGCGCUACGAUACCAGCAUCUGCCUACUGGGCUCCAAGAUCUACGUGGCAGGUGGACGUCAGUGUAAGCGUUUAGUCAAGGCGUUUGAAGUCUUCGACAUGGAAAACCGCACCUGGUCCUCUUUACCCAGCCUGCCUUGCAAAAGAUCUUAUUCUGGGGUCUUAUGGGACAGCGCUGGGUGUCUCUGCUGGUUAGGAGGACUCAGACAAGGAGGAAUACACCAAAGCUCAAAGUUUACAAAGAAUGUUAACAUCUUCGACACCAACAAAGGAGUUUGGCUGAAAUCAGAGGACACCGUACCCUUGAAGACAAAGCGGGCAGACUUUGCUGCAGCCAUAGUGCGAGGCAGAAUGAUCGUGGCGGGAGGUCUAGGCCAUCAGCCAUCAGUGCUGGACACUGUUGAAGCUUUUCAUCCCGAAAAAAGGAAAUGGGAAAGGCUGUCGCCCAUGGCCACGCCGCGCUGCUCUGCCUCCAGCAUCGUGAUCCGGGAUCGCCUGUUGGUAGUGGGAGGUGUCAAUCAAGUCCCAAGCUCCGCCCAUGAGAUUCUAUAUGUUAAAGAGGAAGAGAUUCUUUAACCACUGAACUACUUUAGGUUUACGCUGGGAGAAAAAAAAGGUGGCCUUCAAUGAUCUAGUAAAACAAAUGUUUAUACUAAAGGUGCGGUUACAAGUAACAUUGCUCAGAUAAAUUCAUCGAUUCCAGUAUGAUUCUACACAGGACAAAAAUGAAUUUAGACCCUGUCCACACAAACACGGGUAUUUAACCCUUGUGUAAUGUUCAAAUUAGGUAAAGUAAGACACUAAAGGUUUAUAUUUAUUCCACCUUUCCUAGACAUGAGUCACAAAGUGCUUUACAAUUAAAGAAAACCAGAAAAAGUACACAUAUAAAUUAAAGAAAACAUAAGUGAAGUUUAUUUAUAAACUAAUUUCAAGAGGAUCACAUGCUUGUGAUUGCUUGCGGCUGGUCCCGCA